AUGAACGAUCUGUAUAACAAACUGAUAACGACUUAUGUACAAAAAACUCACAUCAUGGAAAGUGAUCGGGACAAAAUUGACCCAACAGACGAAAAAUAUUUUAAAAGUUCGGAUGAAAUGUAUCUCGGACUUGGAUCCGUUCAGAAUCAACUUUUGACAAAUGAAAUACCGUGUGAGAAAAAAAAGGUAAAGCAGUUUGAAGAAUUCAGUUUGGUUGCCCAGUUUAUGCUGAACAUUUUGGCUCUUCCAAAUUCUAACGCCGAGUGUGAAAGGGUGUUCAGCCAAAUAAAUGACACAAAAACUAAGAACAGAAAUAGAUUAAUUACAGAAACAAUUAAGGGCAACAUGUUGGCAAAACAGGCCAUUUGUCGUCAUGACGGCAACUGUGUAAAUUUUCUGCCAACUGACAAGAUGCUAAAACCUUUUAACUCUGAAAUUUACAAAAAAUGGGAGGCAAUCGACAGUAACAGUGAUUAA